AUGCUUCACAGGACAGUGGGAGCAUCAGGAGCUCAGAUAAUCACCUACUACUGUGGAAUCUCCCGUGCUUCUGGAAGCUGCUUGGAAGAUUUACUACGGCAUAUUCUGGUUGGUAGUAUCACUACCUCGAGCGUACCCCCUCCGCUCCUCAGCCUCUUCGAACGCCAUAAUAUUUACAUCACUCCACGGCGGCCCUCAGUGGAGGAUCUCGAGACAACUGUGCUGGACAUACUAGGUGCAGGAGGAGCAGAAGUUUAUCUCGUGGUUGAUGCUCUAGACGAAGUGGUCGAUGCAGAACGAGUGGACGUUGUCGACUUCCUCCUUCAGCUCGCUUCGCGAAGCAUUGAUACUCUACACUUGCUUCUCGUCAAUCGGUCUGGCACGUUCUUGCGACGUCUCCAAGCCAGCAAGUUCUGGAAGUUCGAUACUAUCCCAAAAGAUCAAGUCCAACAAGAUAUCGCUCGCUUCGUCAAAGACAACAUUCGCAGACACGACAACUUGGAUGCACUUGAACCCGAAUUGCAGGCAAUGAUACUUGGUAGACUAGCAGGUCACCAUAACGACCAGACCUCAGUCGGCUCCGCGCUAAGAACACUGCCGAAGGAUCUGAAUGACACCUAUGAGCACAUACUUCUCGAAGUCGACAAGACCUCGGAGGAUGAUGGCGGUUUCUCCGUUCGGUGUGCAACGACAUCCCUCCGCGUUCUAACCUUCGCGUGGCAGCCCUUAUACGUGGAAGAGUUUCUCGACCAUGUGGCCAUGACGAUUUUUACAUCUGGAGACAUGACAGACGAGUGGCAGAGCUGUCGUAUUUCGCCAGUUGACCUCUUGCGACUGUUGCCCGGCAUGGUCCAUUUAUCACCAGAACCCGACUGGACCUCCUUGCGCUCCUUGCCGUCUCAGACUCAUCUCGUCUCUCUCGAGCACUUCUCAGUUAGAGAGUAUCUAACAGGUAUGGGCAUCAUGUAUAGCUCAGCUAGACGUUUUGCCCUGGAGAGCUCACUCGCUCAUCGCGCCAUGGCUGAAGCAUGCAUAUUGUGCGUGGGUUGGACGUACUUCACCUGGAAUGCCAGGCUGCGAAAGUCUCCGCUCACAAGCGCCGCCCAGCUUGGUAUGCCUCGUAUGGAGUAUGAUUGGGUCUAUUGGGCUGCCCACCUUGAACGAUCUGCGAAGAGCGACACCAAGAUCGAGGCUACAAAUGCUACUACGCUACUCAGUGAGCGCCGGACUGAUAUUGAAGCAAUUCUUGAAGCCGCCGUCAGCAGAGGCAGUUUACCAGACGCGACUGGCGAUGGUUACGAUACUUUCCGCCAAGCGUUGAACACACCGCUCUACUCUUCACAGAUCGCCUUCAUACCACUUAGCAAGACUGCUUCUGAGAGGCUACCAAUCAUACAUCAGAGGUUAGACCCCGACCAUUUCAGACUUCUGGAGCUAGCCGGACAGAGAUUCCCGCAAUCGCCGUUAUGUGGCAGCCUAUUCGUAUUUCGCAUUCACGCGCCUCCCAAAUACGCUGCGCUUUCAUAUUCGUGGGGCGCAGGUCAUGCUUCGAGUUCGAUCUUCAUUUCCAGUGUGCGGCAUUCGAUUGGAGGAAACCUCAGCAAGUUUUUACAAGCCGUCUCCCGCAAUGAAAGCCACUUGGGAAGGUACGUCUGGGCGGAUGCCCUGUGUAUCGAUCAAGCGAACAUGGCGGAAAAGUCGGUUCAAAUUAAGCUCAUGCCACACAUCGCUCGCAAUGCUGCAGAAGUCAUCGUCGGUCUUGGUCAAGCACCGGGCCCAGAAGAGCGCUGGCUCCUUGAUGGCAUGAAACGCACGGCUGGGUCCGUCGUGGUCACGCAAUCUCGGCCAACUCUACAGACCAAAGCAGCAAAUGUGAUUCUUGCAUUCCUCCAACGAAGAUGGUUCUCACUCACAUGGACGCUACCUGAGCUCUUGGAAGCGCGAGCGGUGUCAUACGUCUUCGAAGAUGGUGUAUCAGUCGCAAGCCGCGAGAUGAACGUGCUAUUUGAGAAUACUUUGGACCUCUGCUCAUUCCUGGAUGGAGCUGACGAGAGCCAUGAAGCGGUUGCGUUUUUGACAGACCCAUCUAUGUCGUUGCAAGUUUCUUCCCAAUCCUCACAUUCUUUCGUUAGCGCCAGCUGUAGGUGGGAUUUGGCAAGACUUUCACGAGACAGGAAACAGCUGGAAGCUACUCAACUUCUCUAUGGUACUAGGUACCGCCAGUCUUCCGAGCCUCGCGACCGCUUUCUCGCUUUGUUCGAAGUCGAGGCAGCUCGAUUACCUCAGAACAACUUCGAUUACUGGUGGAAAAGCUUCGAUUACCGGUGCGAUCAUUCCCUAAUAAUGGAAGACUUUGGCUUUUUCCUGGCAUCAGAGUACGGUAUCCUCGGCCUCAUGGCCGAAGCCAGUGAGCCGCCUGACGACGCAACACGCACAUCGUUGUCCUGGGUCUCGGUGAUGACCAUGCCCAAACCGAGAAGCUUCAUUCCACUUCUGUUCAAUAACCUUCACACUGUGGAGGAGAGCCUUUUCAUGGCAGGUGGCUACUAUACCAGACAGUUUGACUGGCCGCACAGAAGAGCCUUGUCUACACGAGGCAAGCUCAUGGCAACCAUUGAGCACGAGUCCGGCGGCCUGACAGACAGAAUGAAACACCUUGAGCUGGAGGUCGUGGAGCGAUACAAGACUGGCAGACACAUCGCUUACUGUUCCGGCGGCCGUCCGAUAGCACUCGUUCCCAAACGCGCUCGCAAGCAUGACCAAAUUUAUAUCCUUCCUGGGUUCCGUGUGCCGUACGUCUUACGAGCCAACAACCAUGAGUCCAAGACGAUCCAGGGCCAGCCUCCACAAUCGAAUUACACCUUCGUUGGUGAAGCGUGA